AUGGCUUCCUGGCUGGGGGAUGCCGUGGGUCCCGACCCACUCAUGGUAUUGCUGGUGAUCAUCUUACUAGUGCGUUUCAUCUUGUGGUCUUGUCUGGGGACCUACAUGGACUAUAGGCUGGCUCGGGCCCGGCCCAGCAAACCCAAAGAAGACUAG